GAGACGCACACGGGCAGUGACACGCGCGCAUACCGACGGACUUGGUAGCUGCUCACCAGCUAUCCAGAUCAUUGGCUCAUUGCUGCUUCCAUUCCAUUCCCCCUUCCCUCGGCAUCGGCCGCGCCCGCCCGUGUCGGGCGGAGGCGGACGCGCGCGGGAAUGGGACGCCACGCGGCCUCCGGCGGCGGCGUGCAGCAGAAGCUGCGCAAGGGCCUCUGGUCGCCCGAGGAAGACGAGAAGCUCUACAACCACAUCAUUCGCUACGGGGUCGGGUGCUGGAGCUCCGUGCCCAAGCUCGCAGGGCUGCAGAGAUGCGGCAAGAGCUGCCGGCUUCGGUGGAUCAACUACCUACGCCCCGACCUGAAGCGGGGCAGCUUCUCGCAGCAGGAGGAGGACGCGAUCGUCGGCCUCCACCAGAUCCUGGGGAACAGGUGGUCGCAGAUCGCGUCGCACUUGCCGGGCCGGACGGACAACGAGAUCAAGAACUUCUGGAACAGCUGCCUCAAGAAGAAGCUGCGUCAGCGCGGCAUCGACACCAGCACCCACAAGCCCGCGGUCUCCGCCAGCGUGCCGGCGGCAUCGGAGCAGCCGGUGUCGCAGGACCGCAAGCCGUUGGCCGCAGCCGCCGCUGAUGGCGGCUCCGACAUGAAGCACCAGCAGGUGUUCGACCCGUUCCCGCUGACCGACAGCUUCGGCGGCGGCUUCGGCGCCGCACUGUACGGCCACACGGGCGGCAAGCAGGACGCGGCCGCGUUCGUGGACUACAGCAGCGUGCUGGACGUGUCGGAGAACCUGGGCUACGGCGGCGAGAGCUCCAGCAACAGCAGCAACUGGAACUGCGCGCCGGAGGUGCACAACAAUGCGCUCGACGGCGACGCGCCGCUGCACUGGGCCUCCGAGAGCAAGGCCACGCCCUUCGCCGGCUACGGCGGCGAGGAGCAAUCACUCCUCGGGCACAGGUUCUCGGUGCCCUGCCACGGCCAGCAGGAGCAGAGCCCUCCGCGUUUUGACUUCGACAUCGGCCGGGGCGCCGUGGUCGGCGAGUUCAGCCUCGAGUUCUUCUGAAGGUCCAGCUUGGGAAUUUCAGCAAUCUAGAUACCGCGUAGCGCGUAUAUAUAUACUGUGUAUUAAAGGCAUUUCACACGGAACAACAAUUGAGAGAUCGUGCUUCGUUAAUUUCCUCUAGUCGACCUUACUCCUUAACAAUGUCUUGCGUUUCUUUUGUUUUUUUAUGUUUUAUGUAUGUCUAAAAUAAAGGCAUAGACAUAUAUAUGUAAACACGGUGUAGUGUAAUAGCUAUACAUUAA